AUGGGUUCUUGUUGAGACCAAGACAGAACCUCAGGUUGUUUGUUUAUUGAGCCGUUUGUGAAUUAUUUGUCAGUUUCUCUUUAAAGGACACAAACCACAGCUGCGCUUCACAAACUGUAUCUCAUUUUUGUCAGGAUCUACAACCCUAGUGAGGAUAACACAGUUUAGGUAGUGGAUGGAUGGACAACACUAUUUCUUCUCAGCAACUUGAGAACAGUGGACCAGUCCGUCUCCUUUGCUGUAUUCAUCAGUAACCGAGUCACCAGCUCAGCAGUUUUUCUUCUUUGGAUCACCUGAACGCAUCAGAAGCUUUAACUCAUCUGUCUGAGCCAAAGUAGUAGCAGAUCUGUGUGUAUUUAGAUUUAGUUUACAUAUACAUGUAUUUCUGAACAGUCACCUGUUUGUCUGAUCGUAAAACACGCUUUACAUCGUCCGCAUUUGUCAGAGGUUAGGGUUAGGGUUAAAGGUCCCUUCCUGUAAGCUCCUGAACAACCUGAUUAUCUGCCUGUGGAGCUGAAUGUGCUGCUGGACUGAACACAGUGCUGCGUUUACCAGACUGCUGCAUUCUAGCUGGUGGAUUAUGUUGCUUAACGGUGCAGCUCUGAAUGGGAUUUGCCCUAGAAGAACAAAGUCUUGCUGUUCAGGCUGAAGAAAGAGCAGUUAUGAGCUCAGCAGCUCACCCGGGACAGAGAGUCCUUUACGUUCACACGAGGAAGGUAUUUUCUCAACUUUUAACCGGCCUAUUGUUGAGAUGUUUCACAAGCAGAUUAGAAGCUAUUUUAGUACACGAGUCCAAGUUUCCCAGUUGCUCUGAAACUCUGCCUCCCGAACCCCAGAGCCUGGACUCUCGUCUCCUCAUUCAGCCAGCUGGUUCCACACGGGAAAGGAUUACCGCGCCUCAGCUUCUUGUUUUAUUUGCGAUCUCUAGCGCAUUCAUAAACUAAUGGUCUCUUCAGGGCUGUGGUAUUCAAGCAGGCAGCUGAACCCAGUGGAGGUGACACCCUGAGCUGGUAUGGAUGAUGCCAGGUGGCUGUUGGGUUCUGUUGGACGCGUCCGCAGCAACACCCUUUCAUCCGAUGCCACACAGUCAACAGGAAGUAAACUGGCUCUGUGCCAUCAGCUCAGCCAGCUCAUGACCUGUGUGGACGAUCUGGACCCCAAAACUGAGCUGCAUGAGAAAAUGGUCAGGACCCUGGACAGCGCCUUCCUGGUCUGCUCGAGACGAGCCAACAAGCCAAAGAAGGACCGACUCAGGCUUCACCUAGUGACGUGGAACGUGGCCACAGCUGAUCCUCCAGAAGAUGUGGCUGCUCUUCUUCACCUGAAUUCACCCAAAAGAGCCGACCUCUACGUCAUCGGUCUGCAGGAGGUCUACUCAGGACUGCUGAGGUUUGUGUCUGAUAUGAUGUUCGAUGACCCGUGGACUCACCGGUUGAUGUCCACCUUAGCUCCGCUGAAUUAUGUAAAGGUAUCUUCUAUCAGAAUGCAGGGUUUGGUGCUGCUCUGCUUCUCUAAACUGGAGCAUGUCCCCUUCAUCAGAGACAUCCAGACCACCUACACACGCACAGGCAUCUUUGGCUACUGGGGUAACAAAGGUGGCGUGUCUAUCCGCCUGUCCCUUUAUGGUCACAUGGUCUGCUUCCUCAACUGCCACCUGACGGCUCACAUGAACUAUGCCACAGAAAGAGUGGAUGAGUUUGAGUACAUCAUGGACUCGCAGACCUUUGACUGUAAGAAGGCGUCGAGAAUAUCUGAUCACAGACUGGUGUUCUGGUUUGGAGAUCUGAACUUCAGGAUACAAGAUCAUGGCAUGCACUUUGUCCGCUCCUGCAUCAACAAGCAGACCUACAGCCUGCUGUGGAGCAAUGACCAGUUGAUCAUGUUGAAGAAGAAAGAAGCGUUGCUGCAGGACUUUGAGGAAGGACCGCUGGACUUCCAGCCCACGUACAAGUUUGACUUGAACUCUGACACCUAUGACAGCAGCCUCUACAGGACAUGGUUUGACUUGUAUGGGAAGAAGAGGAAACCCGCCUGGACCGACAGGAUUUUGUGGCGGGUCCAACCCAAAGCUCCUUCCCCUGAAGAGCAAGGUGAGAACUGUGUUGGGAUCAGUCAGACGAAGAUGAAGCAGUUGGAAGAGGAUGAGGAGUACCCUCUGAAGGUCAGACAGGACUUUUACACCAGCAGCAUGGAGUACAGGAUCAGUGAUCACAAACCUGUCAUCGGCAUCUUCACGCUGGAGCUCAGGAAGAUGUACACGUCCCCUCUGGUGCGUCUGCAGGCUGAAGGUGACUGGAGCGCUGACAUGGACUCCAUGGUCCUCUGCUGUCCCGUGCAGCCAUUCCCCUCCAGUACCUGGGACUGGAUUGGACUCUACAAGGUUGGAUUCAGCAGUGUGUCUGACUACAUCACAUACGCGUGGGUGAAGGACGGUGAGGUGGCUUUUAACCAGGAAGUGACCCAGGUGUUCUUCAGUAAAGAGGAGAUCCCAGUGAGAGGAGCAGAGUGUGUUCUGUGUUACUACUGUCAUUCUCUGCGCUGCAUCAUCGGCGUCAGCGAGCCAUUUAAAGUUCAUGAGUCUAAGGUGGCCUUAGAGGAGGGGCUGCUUCUGGGGAGGAUGGACUGACUUCAGAAUACAGGAAGUGACAUUAUGAACUAAGCGUUCGGACGUUAUGGACAUGUAAGAAACAUCCAGCUGUUCAAUCCGUUAACAACAUUUGGGUUUUUGAUGAAAGAAAAGAAAGAAUAAGGAUCUGAGCGAGCACUCGUCCAUGCCAACCUCCACAGUUCCUUCCUCUGGUCUGUGUGUGUGUGUGUGUGUGUGUGUGUGUGUGGGGGGGGGGGGUAAAGGUUAGCUUGGAGAUGCUGGUCGAGGUAACAAAUUCUUUAUGACGUCCACAAGCCUGCCGCUGCAUGAGAGCAGCUCAGGGAGGUCGAAGCCCUCCGACCCAGCAACAGUCUGGAUCUGGACAAGCGUACCUCGAAAUGAACAAAGCUGAUUGGCUGUUGUUGUUUACAUGGCAUCGUGGCUACAUCUGCCCGUACAUAACGAUUUUCAGAGUUCAGAAUACCCAACCAGCACUGCUUUCAGUGAGGUUUGUGUUUGAGCCCGUUAGUGAGUCCGAUCCAGGAAAAGCCUUUUCAGUCGCUGCACACGUUUCAUUCGCUCCUCUUGCUCGGCUUUAAGCGUUAAAACAUCAAAGAUUUAAACUUCCAUCACCUCACGUUAAUGUUCAAGUGUGGUGGACUCGGAUCCAGAACCUCCUCAGCAGAUGGGACCCAGAGCUGAGAAGGGACCAGAACACAGCCGAGCUGUCGGUGAUUUCCAUGUUUGCUGUAGAAACUUCACUCGACAGCUCUUGCAGAACUUGUGAGGAGCUGCGGAGCGUAAACUUGUCAGAACCACAAAGUUCUAAAGGAACUUCAGAACUUUCCUUUUGAUCAUAGAAAUGUAAUCACAGUAAACCUGAAGGCGUAUUGCACUGUUUAUGGUUAAUAAAGAUGUAAAUGUUUUUAUUCAGAAGCAUAGUUAGUUUUACCGGAUUCAGGAAGUGCCUUUAUGAUGAUUUUCUGUACUGUACUGUUUGCUGCUUGAGUGAUACGUUUGACUUUAUGAAUCACAUGACUAGGUUUUAGGUUGUUGAUUUUAAAUGUCUGCUGUCCGAUGCUACUGCUAGCUCACUAGAAUAAGUUAUUUAGGUCACUGUUCUUACUAUUUUCUGUACUGUAACUAAAUAAAUGUUAAACAUGUCUAA